AUGACCCGCACGGACCCGCCGGACCUGUUGGUGUCGACCGUGUACCAGGACAUCAAGGUGGCGGCCCCGGGGCCCGCGUCGCGGCGCCCGCCAUGUGAGCGCUCUGUGGCCCCGCCUGCUGCGCCCGCGCCUUUCAACAAGCGUCACUGCCGCAGCUUCGACUUCCUGGAGGCGCUGGACGGGGCGGCCAUGGAGGCCCGCACAGAGCCGCCGCCCCCGGAGCCUGCCGCGCCGCGCGCCCGGCCCCGCGACGGCGAGCCCCGGCGCCGCGCCCGCUCCAAGAGUGCGCCCCGCGCGCCCCCGGGCCUGACGCCCGCACCCGCCUCGCCGCCAGUGCUGCCGCGCCGCGGCCGGGAAGCCCAGCGGCCAGCGCGGGCCGAGGCAUCGCCGCACCGGGAGCCUGCGUACCCCGCGCUGCGCGCGCUCGCCAAUGAGCUGCACCCCAUCAAGCUGCAGCCGCAAAGGGGCGGCCCUGGCCGCAUCGCGCCCCUCUGCGCCACCACCGGCCGCUGCGCGCCCCCCGAGCCACCCGCCGGGCCUGCACCCCACGUCCGCUGUCGCCUGGACAUCAAGCCCGACGACGCGGUGUUGCAGCACACCGCCCGGGGCUCGCGGUCCUGCGGGCCCGCGGAGACCACGCCCUGGGCCCGCGCCGCCCCCCAGUUCCACGGCCUCACAGUGCCCGGGCCUCGCCACAUGGCGCUGUCGCGCACCCCCACCCCCAGUGACACGUACUGUGCGGACCCCCGGGCGCUGUACUGUGACGGUCCGCUGCCUGGGCCCCGGGACUAUACAGAGCGCCGAAAUCUGCCGUUCACCACGCCGCCAGGCCCCACCCAAUUCUUCUACACAGAGGAACCCGAGGGCCACCCUGGCGGCUUUCCGGCCAGCCCUGGGCCGCCCUUCGACAGCUACUAUGCCAGGCCCUUCCCGUCCGAGGAGCCCCCUGUGCCCAGUCCAAGGCGCAGUAGCGGCUACUACGCGGGGGAAGUGCGCACCUUCCCAGUCCAGGAACCGCCCUCCCGCUCCUACUAUGUGGAGGCCGCUCGAGCCUACGGACCGCCCUGCGGCCCGCGCUAUGCUCCCGAGGAACUGCGGGCUCAUCCCCCUCUCCGCCCUUUUUACACAGAGGACUUCGGGCGGUACCGCGAUCGCGAUGCCCUGGCUCGGACUUACCCACACCCCCGCGGCAGCCCCGCCUGGGGUGACUGGGGCCUGCGGCCUUACCGCACCCUGCAGGUGGUGCCUCCUCCGGACCCUGGCCCAUUGCUCGCCUCUUGGCACGGGGUCACCGGCACCAGCCCGCCCCGGCUGGCCACUGACAGCCGCCACUACUCUCGCUCCUGGGACAACAUCCUGGCGCCCGGGCCGCGCCGGGAGGACCCCCUGGGCCGCGGCCGCAGCUACGAGAACCUGCUGGGGCGCGAGGCCCGGGAGCCGCGGGGCGCAUCCCCCGAAGGCCGGCGUCCACCCGUCGUGGUGAACCUGUCCACCUCUCCUAGACGCUAUGCGGCGCUGUCACUGUCAGAGACGUCACUGUCAGAGAAGGGCCGCGGGGGCGAGGGCCUGGGCCGCAACUGGUAUGUCACACCUGAGAUCACCAUCACCGACAACGACCUGCGCGCCGCAGAGCGUCCGGCUGCCAGGGGCUGGGAGCUGCCCGGGGGGCGACCCCGGCGGUCUCCGCCCGCCGCCCCCGAAGGCCCCACUGGUGGCCGCCAGCGCAGCCUCGAGCAACUGGACGAACUCAUCACCGACCUGGUCAUCGACUCUCGGCCCCUGGCUGGCCAAGCCCCCGAGCCCGCGGCCGAUGGCCUGGGCCGCCAGCCGCGCCGCCUGCUGGACUCUCGGCCCGCGGGCCCCGGGGCACCCGCGCUGGCGCCGCGCUCGCCACCCGCGUCGGCCGGCAGCACCGAGGAGCCCGCGGGCCCGGGGCAGGCGGCCGACGGGUCCCCGGAGCCCAGCGCCGACGAGGACGACCUGAUGACAUGCUCCAACGCGCGCUGCCGGCGCACCGAGACCAUGUUCAACGCCUGCCUCUACUUCAAGUCCUGCCACAGCUGCUACACCUACUACUGCUCGCGCCUGUGCCGCCGCGAAGACUGGGACGCGCACAAGGCGCGCUGCGUGUACGGCCGCGUGGGCAGCGUGUGCCGCCACGUGCUGCAGUUCUGCCGGGACAGCGGCCCGGUGCACCGCGCCUUCUCGCGCAUCGCGCGUGUCGGCUUCUUGUCGCGCGGUCGCGGCGUGCUCUUCCUGGGCUUCCCGAGUCCGGGCUCUGCAGACAACUUCCUGCGCUUCGGCCUCGAGGGCCUGCUGCUGUCGCCCACCUACCUGUCUCUGCGCGAGCUGGCCACGCACGCGGCGCCCCUGGGCAGCUAUGCGCGCGAGCUGGCGGCCGCCGGGCGCCUCUACGAGCCGGCCGAGUGCUUCUUGCUCAGUGUGUCGGUGGCCGUGGGCCCCGGCGCCGCGCCCCCCGGCGCCUCCGCCCGGCCUGCGCCCGCGCCGCGCAGUGCCGGGCCCACGGUACGCAAGUUCGCCAAGGUGGCGCUGGCGGCCGGCAGCCCGGCGCGUCCGCCCCCGGCUCGGGGUCGCGAGCCCGACAUGGAGACGCUGAUCCUGACUCCGCCGCCCGGCACGGCGGGCCUGGACCAAGAGGGCGAAGCAGGCCGGCGCGCGCGCGAGGUGGCCUUCAUCCACAUCCAGCGGGAGCUGCGGCUGCGCGGCGUCUUCCUGCGCCACGAGUACCCGCGCGUCUACGAACAGCUCUGCGAGUUCGUCGAAGCCAACCGGCGUUUCACGCCCACCACCAUCUACCCCACGGACCGGCGCACCGGCCGCCCUUUCAUGUGCAUGAUCAUGGCUGCCUCCGAGCCACGCGCGCUGGACUGGGUGGCCAGCGCCAACCUGCUGGACGACAUCAUGUGAGCCGCGGGGUCGCGCCCGGGCUCUGCCCAGCCCGCUCAGGGCCCGCCCACUCCGACCCCGCCCAGUCCACGUAGGG